AUGGCCCUGGCCUGCACAUCCACCACACCCGGCAUUUGCGCAGACCGGGGUGCGACCCGUGUCAGGUGCGCGGCUCUGCCGGGCCCUGCGCCGAGGCUUCUCCUGGAGUGGCCUAGGCUCUCCGCAGCGGGGGUGGGCUGCCCGCCCUGCCCCAGCCCGUGUCUACCCUGGAAGAGACUGUGCAUCUUGAUCCUGCCACUUAUCUUAUCAGGUUUUGCUCCCAGGGUGAAAUAUGAAAAGUAUUUUAUAUAUGAAAAUGCCCACCCCUCCCUCAAUGGAUUUAAUUGGUCUUCUCUGACCCCUCUCAAGCUGAAGGACCGAACUGUGUGUCUUUGGACUGAAAGUUCAGACGGGAGGAGUCCAUACUUCACACUGGAGGGUCACAAGUUCCUGAUCUUCUGGGGCUCCACACGCUUUUUCCGGGUGCCCAGGGCGUACUGGAGGGACUAAUGGCUGAAGCUGAGGGCCUGCGGCUUCAACACUGCCACCAUCUCUGUUCCGUGGAACCUCCAUGAGCCAGAAAGAGGCAAAUUUGACUUCUCUGGAAACCUGGACCUGGAGUCAUUUGUGCUGAUGGCAGCAGAGAUUGGGCUGUGGGUAAUCCUGCGUCCAGGCCCCUACAUCUGCAGUGAGAUAGACCUCAGGGGCUUGCCCAGCUGAGCAGGGCUGAUGCAGAACCCCAAUCUGAAACUGAGAACAAUCAACAAGGGCUUUGUUGAAGCAGUCGAUAAAUAUUUUGACCACCUGAUUUCCAGAGUGGUUCCUCUUCAGUACGUGAGGGGAGGCCCCAUCACUGCAGUGCAGGUGGAAAACGAGUAUGGCUCAUUUAACAAGGAUAAAGACUACAUGCCUUAUGUUCAGCAGGCUCUUCUGAAAAGAAGGAUUGUGGAGUGGCUCUUAACCUCGGAUAGCGUGAAAGUUGUGUCAAGGGGCUGCAUAGAAGGAGUACUGGCCACUGUCAACAUGAAAAUGUUUCAGAAGAACACUUUUAAGCACCUUUAUGAGGUGCAGCCCAUUAUGAUUAUGGAAUACUGGGUUGUCUGGUUUGACACAGGGGGAGGUAAACACAUGGUUAGUAAUGCAGAAAGUGUUGAAAAAAUUGAGUCUUAAUUUAUCAAAUUUGAGAUCUCCUUCAAUGUCUAUAUGUUUCAUCAUGGAACCAACUUCAGUUUCAUAAGUGGAGCCAUAAAUUUUAGGAAUUACAGAGGCUUUGUCACUAGCUGUGACUAUGACACUGUGCUGAUGGAGGCCAGGGACUACAUAGAAAAAUUCUUCAAGCUUCGAAGACUCUUUGCAUCCAUCUUAACAACUCCCCUGCCUCCCUUACCUGAGCCUACUGCCAAGGCUAUGUAUCUUGCUGCGACUGUCCCACUGUGGGAUGUCUUACGCUACUUAAAUGAGCCAGUCAUAUCCAGAACACCGGUCCACACGGAGAACCUUCCCAUAAACAAUGGUGAUGGUCAGUCCUACGGACUCGUGCUGUAUGAGACAUCCAUCUGCUCUGGGGGUCAGCUCCGGGCUGAUGCUCAAGACACGGCACAGGUCUUUUUGAAUGAGACAAGUAUAGGAAUUCUGGGUGACCAUACUCCUAACUUGAGCAUUCCUAAAAUCAAGGAAUGUCAACUUCUAAGGAUCCUGGUGGAGAAUCAAGGAAGAAUCAGUUUUUCUUGGAAAAUUCAACAUGAGCAGAAAGAAGUAACUGGCUCUGUUACCAUCAGUGACAUUCCCCUGGUGGGCUUCACCAUCUAUUCUCUGGAAAUGAAGCCAGACUUCUUCAAGAGGCUUCGUUCUGCCACCUGGAAGCCUGCACCAAAUAGCGAUGUGGGCCCUGCCUUCUGCCUUGGUACCUUGAAUGCUGGCUCUUCUCCCAAGGAUACCUUCCUGAAUCUAACGAAUUGGGAUUAUGGAUUUGUGUUCAAGGGACGUAACCUUGGGCGCUACUGGAAUAUUGGACCUCAGGAAACACUUUACCUUCCUGGUGCCUGGCUUCACCCAGAAGAUAAUGUGAUCAUCCUGUUUGAGAAAAAGGAGUGGUUCAUACAUUGA